AAUCUGCGGCGUUUCCGGCCAGCUCAGCGCGUCUCUCCUGUGUGUUGUCACUUUUUACAGCCCGUCCGCCAGACAAUCGCCGCUGCCAACCAGCUGGGACUUUCUCCAGAGCCUUGACUCACAGCGGGACACUUGGCAAAGAUGUUGCUGCUGACGAUGAUCGCUCGGCUGGCCGACGGUCUGCCGCUGGCCGCUUCAAUGCAGGAGGACGAGCAGGGAAGCGAGAAGGUGGGUCGAGAUCUUCAGCAGUAUCAAACUCAGGCCAAGCAGCUUUUCAGGAAACUCAACGAGCAGAGUCCCACGCGCUGCACUUUAGAGGCUGGAUCCAUGGCGUUUCACUAUUAUAUAGAUCAGGGAGUUUGCUACCUUGUGCUGUCUGAAGCAGGCUUUCCCAAGAAGCUAGCUUUUGCUUACCUGGAAGACCUGCAGGCAGAAUUUCAUGAGCAGCAUGGAAAGAAGGUCCCCACAGUAUCCCGUCCUUACUCCUUUAUUGAGUUUGACACAUACAUUCAAAAAACCAAGAAGCUGUACAUUGACAGCCGAGCAAGAAGGAAUCUGGGCAGCAUCAACACUGAGCUCCAGGAUGUGCAGAGGAUCAUGGUGGCCAACAUAGAGGAGGUCCUGCAGAGGGGCGAGGCUCUCUCCGCGCUGGACUCCAAGGCCAGCAACUUGUCAAGCCUGUCGAAAAAGUACAGGAGCGACGCCAAGUACCUGAACACCCGCUCCACUUACGCCAAGCUGGCAGCGGGUGGCGUCUUUUUCAUAAUGCUCAUCGUCUAUGUGCGCUUCUGGUGGCUCUGAGUGACGACAGAAGAGGAGGUGGAGGAGAAGAGGAAGGAGGUAGAGAAGUUUAAAAAAAAACGAACCGCACACAGUCUGGGGACGUAGAGAGAAAGCUUUCACUUUUGAUGAAAAAACAGGAUCCCUGAUGACCUUCCAGACAUGCUUUACCAACCGCUCUGUAUGUCCUCACCUCGUCCGUGUGUGCGUGUCUGAUCCAAGACACAAGAUUUCAGAAUGCUUUGUUUUAUUAUUAACAGUUAUACAGUAAAACUCUCGAAGUUGCCCUGAAUUUCAGAGGAAAUGAGUAAACGUGCGAGUGUGUGUGUGCAUGUAUGCGAGUAUGCAACUGUUUAUGAAGGUGAUUUGUGGGUAAGUCAAGAGGAAAAAAAAUAAAGCUUCCUGUGCUGUGAGCUUCUAAAGCUGUUCUGUCCUAUAAAAAGGAGUGUGCGGUUUAAUUUUCUGUGUCUAAUUAUACAGAUGACAGAUGCUAAUCAGCUAUCUUGAAGCCUGAUCACGUUCCUCUGGCCAUGCUGGUCAUUUCACAUAUCUAUGGGGGGGCGUCGUAUUCUAAACUCGCAACUAUUUAGAAAACAGUUGAUUAAAAGUAGGGUAACUUCUGGUUUUUUGUUUUUUUUAAAGCUUAUUAGGGGAUGCAGGUGAAAAUAAAAGUAACUGUAAAGAGAAUACGCAGCUAAGUUUGACUCAGACCUAUUAUAUUCCUGCAAUUUUCAUGCAAAUGGCUACAUGUGGAUUUGAGCUCAUGCUUUAUAUUUUACACAUCUCUAGAUAUGCACCAAUCUUAUGAGAAGGGAUUGGAACUGAACAAUUUUCCCAUGAUGGGCAAACAGUGAAGGUAUUGUAAGAUCUGUUGCUUUAAAUGCAUCAAAAAUAAAAACAUGCACUACUCAUAAACCCAUUAUAUAUCCUUUAGAUUAAAACGUCCAUCCUUAUAAAAAAAAAAAAAAGCUGCGCUCAUUGCUUAAGUUAAGAUUAGGAUUUUUACUUUUUUUUUUUUUUUUUACAAAAUGAGUAGAUCUCACCUUAAAGAAUCGGGAAAGCCUGACCGAUGCAUCUCUAGGCAGCAGUCUUGAUUUUUCCUUUUUGUCUUAGUAAACUAAGCCACAGAAUAGCUGUAUUUCUGUUUCUAUUUCAUCGUUUCCCACUUCUGUUUUAGCCUGACAUCUCUUCUUACAUUAGGGUCGCUCACUUAUUGAAAAGACAGCGUUUUGGAAUUUCCUCAAUUCUGUGUUUACCGAAACUGAACCGACCACCUCAGUCUCUGUGUUGUAAGUUAUUAAAUUACAGAAAGCUACGCACUAUGUAAUCUGUUUCUUACCUUUUAUGCAUUUCCUUUUAUAGCUAAGAAUAUGUUUAAACUGAACAGAAACGAAAAGUGAUGUUUGAGUUGUUGGAACCUUUGAACGGCAAGAAGAAUAAAUGCCUAAAUAAUAAACGACCUAACUUUGCAAAGGCUGUGGCAUUGA